AUGGCCUCAGAGCAAGAAACAAUUUCCGCGACCGUACCAGGUUUUGCCGCGAAUUUAUCAGACCCCGCCACUAAAUCUUCUCCUGCAACUUCAAGUCAUCCCGAAUCCGACAAUACUAGACCAAGGUCUUUAAAACGAAGUCGGGCAGAUCAAACACAACCUCCGACGACAAAUCUUACAUCAAUCGCGAACGCGGGGCUGGUUGUUUCGCCUGCAAAAGCACCGCGAUUCGGCGGCACAUUCUCGCCCGUGUCUCCUGCUGUGCCGCUCACCGGGGCAGCGGCCUUUGAAGACGAACGACGGAAGAAGGAAGAAGCGCAGAAAAGUCAAAUCGGCGCCAUGAGCAAAAAUCCCGGUCAUGAGGCUAUCGCGUCUCUUUUAGGCGGAGGAGGAGUCAGCGUGAGCAGACCGCAAGACGCUCCCAUAGCUGCAACUACUAUGAGUGACGGCAUGUCCGCUGCUGCAAAUGCACUGACAAUUCCGACCACAAUGCCAUUCGACGAAAGGUCUGAAACCAGCCCAGCGAGCGUGGCAAGCCUUGCAAGCUUGGGUAGCACGGCUCAAACUGCAACUGCGAGUCCUACAAUUGUCGCCAGUCCGGCUGCCAUGACAAAUUCUUUAGACACCGAUGGCCGAGAUACGCGAUCAGGUCUCAGUCAGCUUCAAGCUGCCAUGGAUGAGCAGCCCUCAAACAAAUCUAUGUCGUUCCCAGGCAAUUUGGCACAGAUGGAUCCUUCACAAUACCCUUCUCGAGGGAUGAGCUUACCCAUGCCCAAUCAAAACCAGCAACUCCUACCAAGGUCGCCUUCUCAAAAGAAACAUAAAUGCCCUUACUGCGAGACUGAGUUUACUCGACACCAUAAUCUGAAAAGUCAUCUCUUGACACAUAGUCAAGAAAAGCCUUACGUCUGCCAAACCUGCCAAAUGAGGUUUCGUAGGUUACACGAUUUGAAGCGCCACAUGAAACUACAUACAGGAGAGCGUCCUCAUAUUUGCCCAAAAUGCGAUCGAAAAUUCGCGCGCGGUGAUGCACUUGCUCGUCAUAGCAAAGGCCUCGGCGGUUGCGCCGGAAGGAGAGCAAGCAUGGGAAGCUUCGGAGGGGACGACGAAUUUGAUGGGACUAAUGUAGGGGAAGCUGAUGAUAAUGGAAUGGACGGAAUAAUGUAUACGAAUGGCAAUCCCCAUUCCAACGAAGUAGAAAUGUCUGAAGAAGACGGCCGACGGUUUAGUCUGCCUAGUAUCAAAGCACAGCAUGUAGCUGGUAACACUGGUAGCCAAGAUAGUUACGGCUCUCACUCACGUACUCCAAGCACCUAUCCUCCUGCGGGGCAAAGACAAAAUGCUCCCACAGGUCUUUAUCCGCCCGGUACGGACCGCGUAGGUUCCUCUAGUUCCGCUACAUCACCCAGCAUGCAGAACAAUGUUAUUGGUAUGCACACACCAAGCAACAGUGUCUCAUCAAUGCCUCUUGGCACUAGUCCUGGCUCAAUGUUUUCCCAGAGCGGUAUAACUGAGAGUCCUAAGCCACUCAGUCCCGCCGGCAUGCAUUCACACCAGCUUGGCCAUGAUUCUGCCUCAAUCACCAGACAGCGAUCACCCAGCUUGACCACUCAAUUUCAGCAACAGCACUUUGGACGUCAUCAGUCUGGAAGGAGUCCACCUCCCGGAAUGUCUUUACCAUCUCCACACAGCGCACAGGGCCCAAAACUCCCAGCUCUGGCUGGCUUAGCCCCUCCUGAUACAAGAUUUACUUUAUCGAGUCAACUAUCCAAUCAACAAAGCCCUGGAAAUAAUCAACAGGGUUCUCAGCAGCAGCAGCAGCAACCAAUACAGCAAUCGACAUCUCCUACUUCAUUGUUCCAGCCUUCCAACCCUCUCCAAAGUCGAGGUCCACCAAGCCAUCAAGGGAGUGGUGAUAGUAGUAACAAUCUGUUUGCAUCUGGCGCCUCGGGCGUCUGGGCAUAUGUGAACACAUUGGAGGAAAAACUCAAGCUAUUUUCUGACAGAGUAGUUGCCAUGGAAGCUAAAGAGAAAAGUCAGGAAGAAAAGAUUAAGGCUCAGGAUGAGAAGGUGAACCAAUUGUCAGAGGAGCUUCUUGCUGUCCGUAGACAAUUGAGUUCUCAGAAUCAAGGAACAUCAUAG